ACUAAUACUUUAAUCUCAAUGAACUUGGCUUAUACCUUAGGCAUACAAAGAGAUUCGACAGAUAUAAUAUGCUCGGCAUGGCCUUUUUCUCUCACAGAUCUAUUUCUCUCAAUAACGUAAUCGUCUUCCUCAACGAAAAAUGGCAUGGCCUUUCUCUGAUUUAACCGAAGAAAUCUGCACUUCUGACGCAAGGAGCUUCUAUGUGUGGCUGCUUCAAAUCUUCUCUCUCUUGGCCAUCAUCGCAUUUUGCAUAUGGCUAAGUCUACGUCCCAGUAACCCUUCCUUCGCGGUGGUGGACCUCUCCGUUCCGAACUCGAACAACAUCCAGAACGGCUCGACUCUGUUGACCUACGAGCUCGAGAUUCAGAAUCAGAACAAGGACUCCGGAGUCUACUACGACGACAUCCUCAUGACCUUCUUUUUCGAGCAAGAUGCGGUUGCCGACGAUGUGAUAUCCUCGUUCUACCAAGGGAAGGACAAGACUCUUCGCGUGAGACGUGACGUGAGGGCGAAGGAUAUGCGGGUCUGGAGUGGCGUUGCUCGUGCCAUGGCGAAUGCAACGGCCAAGUUGAAGGUGAGUCUAGCAACUCGGGUUCGAUAUAAAACGUGGGGUAAGAAGAGCAAACAUCAUGGGAUGAGCUUAGAAGGUGUUGUGCCUGUUGGUCCUGAUGGGAAAAUUUCAGGCAAGAAGAAGAAGAAGAAGAUUAAGCUACAUCAUGUUUCCGGCAAGAGGAAAGCGUUCAAGAAGCAUAAAUUUAAAGUUUGAUCACCGGGGAAUUAUCUCUAUGUGUCUAUAAAUUGUCCAGUUAUUGCAGAAUGCAAAAUGUGCCCCUAAUUUUAUUGUUUCUAAUGUUCUGCUCCAUUUUCUUCCCCCUUUUGUCUGCAGAAUUUGAAGGCAAAAAAUUAAAUA